AUGCAAAAACCUGUGCACCAACAUGUUGUGAAAACCUUCGUCUUCUCCAUCGCGAUCAUCCACUUCAUCAAGAGUCUGAGAGUUUCCGUUCUGGGAAGCCCUGCGCCACCGCCCAUGAACGAUGCUUGGUCGUUAGCUCAUCAAGGAUCAUUCAUUGUUGCUGGCAUUCCCGAACAGCUUCCCGGCAUCGGGCCAAACAGGCUUGCCCAUAUUGAACCGGGACAUCUCUACAUACCUGAACAGGUGGUUCCGACCUUCAUGGCAUACUAUGAAUCUACCGGGCCUGUAGCAAUGUUUGCCCCUGACAAGCCAGCCGAAAAAAAAACCCUUUCGGCUGCGGCGCCAGCAUACGAACCGUUGCCCAAAGAGCUUUCUGCCGACCCGCUUGGAGCUCAUCCGAGUACCCCAGAAAUCAGCGACGACCUUGGAAUUGAACCGGGUCAAUCCGAGCCCCCAGUUAAGCAGCCGGGUAUUUUGGGCGCAUCUAAAAAUCGAAAUGGGCCUAACGAGAAGAAGGUAAGUUGGGCACUUGAUGAGGAUCAAAGCUCCGAGGAGCCAUCUUCUUCCGGUGAAUUACCCAGCCAAUCGAAAAAAGCGGCAAAGCCAAGCAGGUUUGCAAGUUUGGAGCUUGUGGAGCAUGAUAAAGGGCAAUGUUUGCCCUCCGGAAAACCUGAAGAAUUAGAAAAACCUGCUUCUGGAAUGAUCCAAACAAGUGCUGAUCAAAAGAGUGAAGGAAGUCAAGAGAUUGAAGAGCUCAAAAACUCAAACAAAGAAUUAGGUUCUUUGAAUGCUUCUCAGAAUGAGCCCAGCAAUGAUGAAAACCAAACCGCAGAAACAAAGGCAUUUUCUAAUGGAGCAAAAAGCAAGGGAGAAAGUUCAAAGCCAAAAAAGGCCCAAGGUCCUAAUCGUAAACAGAAAGUGAGCACUCAGGAUGAGCAGGCCUGGUCAAAUUUUGGAAUGAUUGAUGGCUUGUUAAAGGGAACAAAUAAAGACAAAACAAAAACUGAGCAAGGGAAAUUAGCAAGUGGAAAUGAAAAAUCAAAUUCUGGCAAGAAGUCAAAUGGAAACAAGAACAAGGUGAAAAAUACUGUAGAGAAUGGCCCAAAGGCAGAACUUGUGGAAAACAAGUUGGACACUACUCCUGAAGAUGUUGUAGAUGGGUUGCUCUCAGCCAAGGAGCCGCUAUUCAGUUCAAACCCCCAACUUGAAGAAGAUGUUGGUAAAAUUUUCCAGGAGAUAUUCACACACCCCAAAGGUUUUGGAGUCCCAGAGAUCGAUGAAAUCUGGAAAAAAUACCAAGCUUCAUCCCCCACUCCUGCAGAUGAGCCAAGCCAAGUUGAGAGUUACAAGAACAUGUGGAAGGAAAGUAAUCUGGAUCCAAAUCUCAUGAUGCAUGUUUCCAAUCUGUUGAAGGUGGAUGAGAAAGGAGAGCACAUUGGGAUCAAAAAGAUGGAUUCUCCAACUUUUCAGAUGAUUGUCUCAGCUGCAAUUGGGGAUCAAGAGCUGAUGACAAAAAUCUACAAGUGUUUAGAAAUCAGUCUUGGUAGCAAUGAAGCCUUCAGAAGGAUGACAGCACUCUCAAGACAACUAGUGCAAAUGAACCUGCCAGAAUUGAAGAUUCAGUUGGAGAGAUGGGCUGCAGAUAAAGAUUUAGAUUCCAUGUUUGUAGAUUCCCAAUCAGGAUUAUUUCAAAAGAGCUUUGACAUGUAUGGUCAUUAUGGAAUCUCAAAGAAUAUAAAUGUGAUGAACAAUGAUGUUUACAAGCACAAAUCAAUGCUUGAUAUAUAUAACAAAAUUAAGUAUUAUAAUAAUGCCUUGGGAGGCAAUGAAGUGCUCUCAAGGAGUCCACCAGCAGUCCACUUUGACCGAAAUAUCUUCCAAAAUUUUAUAAACACAAGCCAAUACAGGAACAUCAUUCACUCUGACAAGUUCAUCUCAUCGAUGGAAUCCAAUGGUCUCAGCAUGAAUCGGAUCCUGACAGUCAUCCUCGUUCUCGGCUUGGAAGACCGAAAUUGGCUGGGCUCAUUCCAAGAUUUCGCAAUGGUCCAUUACAUGUCAAAGGUGCUUUUCAGGAUGGUUUCAGCCAGUGAUUGCAACCAUCUUGCCUGGGAUAAAACUGCCGAAAGACACUGGUUGGUAGAAAAUUAUGGCCCAAGAUACUCCGCCGCAUUCAAGACAUUGCUCGGAAAACUGGAAACAAAUAGACAGAAUAUCCAAGUACCCCGCGCAUUUUACAGCGAUGUUGAUGGCAGCAUGGAGAAAGAACUGACCUUUUAUGAGGAGAAAAGGCCUGGAUUUGCUGAUCUCAGGUAUAAGGCUCUCUACCACCUUGAAACACACGACCCAAUCUUGCUAGAAGCAGAAACCUGGACAUCGAAACAACUGGCUGCCAAAUUCAAGCUUCUUGAACCCUUAUUGAGAAAGAAGAAGUGA